GGCGAACUACCGUCGUCCCUGGUGGAACGACACUCGGGAAAAUGAUGGUUAUGGUGAUUUUAAGUAUUGUGUAUUAUUUGUUAAGAUUGAAAGGAAUUAGUGGUUAUUAAUGUCUGGGAAAAGAAAGAAGGCAAGGUUUGGAGUGAAUUGUUGGAAUCUAUUUGACACUUGGACAUGUGGGUUUGUCAUGUUGAUUUCACUCAAGAUGACGGGAGAAAAUAUUGAUCCCGCAAAUAGUAAUGCAGGGGAUCGUCGCAACGAUAUUCUGGAACUCGCACGAGUCAUUCGUGAGGCUGAUAAUCAGAAGACACAGUUGCCGAAGGUUCAAGUUCCCCUCUUCGAUGGCACGAAUGCCUCAGCAUGGGCGGACAAGUUUGAACAAUUGGGCAGUUGCUGCGAAUGGUCGAGUGAGAAGAUGCUUCAGAUGGUAAAGCGAUAUUGCAUGGUUAAGUACAAAGAGGAGGUGUCGGAGUUGGUGCAAGCUUCGCGCGACUGGCCGGACUUUAAGGCCAAAUUAUUGGACAAGUACCAGUUGGGGGAUCAACUGCUCGAUCUGGCGGACUUACGGAAGGUUAGUCGUCGGAAGUUUGGUACGGCCAAGCAGUUUCUUACGGAGUUUGAGCGGGUUGCGCGCUUAGUGCCUGACCUUCCAGAUAAGGAUCGGUGUCUCAUCUUCCUCGAAAAUUUUUCGAAAGUUGAGCAGCGAGAACUGAUGAGGGAUAUGACUGGGCGAUACGACUGGCCAAAGAUAAAGGAAAAUCUGUUGGCCGGAAGUUUCGACCAAAUGCUUUAUCGUCUCCUGAAGCAGCAAAAGGAGGACCGUGAGAAGGAAGGGGUAAGCGCGGACAAGGAUCAAGCCGUUUACAAGACCCUGACUGACAUGCUGAACAUUAUGGCGGAUAUGAAGGAGGAAAGGCUGAAGCUACAGGUGAUGAUGGUCCAGACAAAAGGUGGGAAAAGGAAGGGGAAAGCACCCGUUGUGGAGGAAGUGAGUGAUAGCAGCAGUGAAGAGGAAGACGAGGAGGAAGAGGAGCCUCCUCGAAAAUUGACCAAAGCAGAACGAAAGGCCCUGAACCAGAUACGAGGAGGGCAGGGCACUAGGCAUUUGAUGGCCACCACGGUUUUGUCCCGUCCUGCUUUCAAGCGACCAGCCACCGCUGGUCUCCCACAAGCUCGGAAGGCUCGAAGGCCGCCGCGGCCAAGGGCAGCGCCAGAAGAGGGACCAAGUCAGCCUCGGAAAACCGAGACAGUUUCAAUUGAAGAGGACGAUGGUGAGGAGGACGAAUUGUUGCGGGCCGAGAAUGAGCGGCAGGCCAAACAACGGGUCAUGGAGAGGGAAUCAGAAAUGGGCAAGGCCGAUAUUGGGGAGGGUGAGUUGAAAAAGAAGAAGCAAGUUUACACGAUUCCGGUAGAGCAAGGGCUGGAUAUUGAGCAAAUCGUGGAUCGGAUUCUGGAGAGCCAACGCGAUUUGUUCACGCUCAAGGAAUUCUUGGCCGCUUCACCGAAAAUCCGAGAGGAGUUCAGACACCGACUGUCAAGGAAAAAGGUGAUGACGGUUAAGAUGAGUGAUAUUUUUCCUCAAGAGAUUAGUUCGGUUCCGCCUGGGACAAAAAUGGACUGGCACUGUGUAGCUACUGGGUUGUUGAAAGUCCAAAUUGGGCCAUGUGAAUAUUCAGCUUUCAUCGAUGAUGGAGCUGAAAUGAACAUUAUACGGGAAAGAGAAGCCAUGGGGGCACGAGUCAACAUCAAUCGAGCAGAUACUGGAUUUCUGGUGGGUGCAAGUGGGAUAACUCCCUUUUGCGGAACGACGAGUGAUGUGACGGUACAGAGUUGCGAUACUGGAAUCGGAGGGAAUGUGGUGAGGCUCGAAUCUAAAGCGGGGCUUGAUGUCGAGAUGUUAUCCUUUGUGGAGGAUUACACCACUCCUCGACGCAGUCACAUAGAGUUCGGGGGUACUAAGGCAUAAUAAUCCUUGGUAUUUGUUAAGUUGCACAAUCGGAUGGGUUAUGGAACUCAGGUAAAGGACUUAAAUAAAAGGUUCUUGUAAUGAAUGGCUAAACGAUUA